GCACUGGCCUUUGUAAGCCAUUCUUCGUCUUCACAUGCGAAACGCCGCUUAGGGGAGUUCGUUGUACGAUUCGAUGGAAGUCGUUUUAUAUGUUUUUCAUAAGUAUUAAGAGAGAAAUUUUGAUUUGACUAUUGUGAAGUUUCGUUGUGUUUUGACUUGCCGAAUCGAUCAAGCGAUUGAAACCGAGUGUUAAGACUUGAAAGAGCCGGUUGUGAAUAUGGCUUCACGUCAUUUUGCAGGUGAAGACAGUGAUGGUGGAGAAGGCGAAGAAGACGAGAUUAUCAAAGGAGGUGGUUAUGAAGACGAAGAUCAGUCCAUGAUGGAUUCUGAUGGCCUCGAAAAAGAUGAUGAUGAUGACUUUGACCCAGACACUGGUGGUGGAAAAAAGAAGAAAAAAUCCAAAAAGCACAAGUCCCGCAAUGAAGAUAAGAAGAGCAAAAAGAAGAAAAAGAAGAAGAAAGUCGAAAGUGCUGAACCCAGUGAAGCAGAAGAAGAACAGCCUGUGGAUGAGCCAGUUUCCAAAAAGAAAACUAAAGCUUCAAAAGCAGCACCUACUCAAAGUGCAGCAACUGCAGAUUCUGGGAUGCCGAGUGUUGAGGAAGUCUGUUCAACUUUUGGUCUGACUGAUGUGGAGAUUGAUUAUGAAAAUGCCGAGUUUCAAAAUCUUAACAAUUACAAACUUUUCCAGCAACAUGUUCGGCCAUUGCUGCAAAAAGAAAACCCAAAAGUCCCCAUGUCAAAGCUAAUGAUGCUUGUUGCAGCAAAAUGGAGAGAAUUUUCAGCUACUAUUCCUGAAGGCAAUGAUACACCUGCAGAAGAAGAAGCUGUUGAAGCUAGCUCGAGUCGGCCAUUGCGUAGCUCUCGCAGUGCAGCGUCGGGCCGAGAAGAGCCCGAACUACCUGAUGAUGAUGAAGAUGAUGACGAUGAAUUCGCUGAGAAAGGACGUAAAAAGCGUAGUAGAAAGCCGACUAAAGGUGGAAACACAAGUGCUGGCAAAAAAGGCAAAGUUCCCACCAUCAAAAUUAAGCUGGGCAAGCGCAAGAGAACUAGCUCAGAUGAUGUGAGUGCAGAUGAAAAAGACUCCGACGCAGAAUUCGAACAAAUGUUGAAAGAAGCUGAAGAGGCUUCUAAGGUUGUGGAAGAAUCUAAAGCUCCAGCAGUUCCACGUAAGAAAGCUAAAACGAAAAUCGGCGACAAAAACAAGAAGAAGAAAAAGACUAGGACAACGGCCAAAUUUCCAUCCGAAGAGGGUGAUGGCUACGAAACAGAUCAUCAAGAUUAUUGCGAAGUCUGCCAACAAGGAGGAGAAAUCAUCUUGUGUGACACUUGCCCGAGAGCUUACCAUUUAGUAUGUUUCGACCCCGAAUUGGAAGAAGCUCCAGAAGGCAGGUGGUCAUGCCCACACUGCGAAGGAGAAGGUAUUACGGCUGCUACUAUCACUGAAAAAGCUGGCAGGAACGCAGCGGAUGAUGACGAACACAGCGAGUUCUGUCGCAUUUGUAAAGAUGGUGGUGAGCUACUGUGUUGUGACUCCUGCACUUCUGCUUAUCACACAUUUUGCCUCAAUCCACCAUUGUCGGAAAUUCCUGAUGGUGAUUGGAAGUGUCCUCGUUGCUCCGCAAAGACUUUGCCAUACAAGGUGAGCAAGAUUCUUACCUGGCGUUGGGUUGAAACCAAGGAGGAACCGGUAAAAGAAAAAGAAGAAGCACCUGACGCUAAAACUCGCAAGAUCCCACCUCGUCUACGCGAAUUUUUCGUCAAAUGGCAUGAAAAAUCUUACUGGCACUGUUCGUGGAUUGCCGAGCUUCAGUUGGAGGUGUUUCAUGGAGCCAUGUAUCGUUACUACAUCAGAAAAGUUGACAUGGAAGAACCACCGAAAUUGGACUGCGAAGAAGUGGACCUAGACGAAGCUCUUGAAGCUGAAGAAGAAGCAGCAGCAGCUCAGAAAGGAAGGAAAGGGAAAGAGAAGGAAAAAGAGAAAGAGAAGCCUGAAGGAGAGAAAGAAGUGGUCAACUCAUCUCGAAAAUGGCAAAAGAAGAGAAUUGAAGGUUUCGAAGAAAUGGACUUGGAUAACCGAUUUUAUCGUUACGGAAUCCGACCGGAAUGGUUGGUCGUCCAUCGCGUUAUUAAUCACCGUACGCUUCGUGACAAUCGUACGCUUUAUCUUGUUAAAUGGAGAGAAUUAAACUACGAUAUGGCUUCCUGGGAAGAGGAAGGUACCGAAGUCGAAAUCCCUGGCCUUAAACGAGGAAUCGAAGAGUACUUUGACCUGCGAGUUGCCUGUGGAGUGGAUACUCCGGCGAAGAAAAAAAGUAAAGGGAAAUCUCACAAGAAAGGCAAAUCCAAGGAGGUAGCCGCUGAGGAAGAACGUGAAACACCACGCCGUUAUAAUCCUCCACCUGAGAAGCCAAUUAGCAACUUAAGCCGGAAAUGGGAACGCCAACCUGAAUAUAUUGAUGCAUCAGGAAUGGCAUUGCACCCUUACCAGAUGGAAGGAUUGAACUGGUUGCGCUACUCGUGGGGCCAAGGCACCGAUACGAUUCUUGCCGAUGAAAUGGGUCUGGGAAAAACUAUUCAGACCAUCACGUUUCUUUAUUCUUUGUACAAGGAAGGACACUGUCGUGGACCUUUUUUGGUAGCAGUACCUCUGUCGACCAUCAUCAAUUGGGAACGAGAAUUUGAAACAUGGGCCCCCGACUUUUACGUCGUAACUUACGUUGGAGACAAAGACUCACGAGUUGUCAUUCGCGAGCACGAACUUUCGUUUGAAGAAGGUGCCGUCCGGGGAGGCAACAAAGCUUGCAAAAUUCGGACGAAUUCCGUCAAGUUCCAUGUUCUUUUGACCAGCUACGAAUUGGUAUCGAUCGACGCUGCUCUCUUGAACUCAAUCGAAUGGGCUGUUUUAGUCGUCGACGAAGCUCAUCGCUUGAAAAACAAUCAGUCCAAAUUUUUCCGCAUCCUCAACAGCUAUAAUCUUCGCUACAAACUUCUUCUGACUGGAACGCCGUUGCAAAACAAUUUAGAGGAGUUGUUUCACUUGCUCAAUUUUCUGUGCCCAGAUAAAUUUAACGAUCUGUUGGCCUUCACAAACGAGUUUGCUGAUCUAGCAAAGGAAGAGCAAGUGAAACGCCUGCACGAUAUGCUCGGCCCGCACAUGUUGCGUCGUCUUAAAGCCGACGUCUUGAAGAACAUGCCAACGAAAUCCGAAUUCAUCGUUCGAGUUGAAUUGUCGCCUAUGCAGAAGAAGUACUACAAGUAUGUUCUGACACGUAACUUUGAAGCCCUCAAUUCCCGAUCUGGCGGUCAACAAGUCUCGUUGCUCAACAUUAUGAUGGACUUGAAGAAGUGUUGCAACCAUCCAUACCUUUUCCCAGUUGCAUCUCAAGAAGCACCUUGUUUACAAAAUGGCAUGUACGAGACCACCGCUUUGGUGAAAGCCUCAGGAAAGCUUGUCUUGCUCUCAAAAAUGCUUCGAGUAUUGAAAGAACAGGGGCAUCGUGUCCUCAUUUUCUCACAGAUGACAAAAAUGUUGGACAUUUUAGAAGACUUUCUAGAGGGAGAGCAGUACAAAUAUGAGCGCAUUGAUGGUGGAAUUACCGGUACUUUGCGUCAGGAUGCCAUCGAUCGCUUCAAUGCUCCCGGAGCCCCGCAGUUUGUGUUUUUGCUGUCCACACGAGCAGGUGGUCUGGGUAUUAACUUGGCGACGGCUGAUACUGUCGUAAUCUACGAUUCCGAUUGGAAUCCCCACAACGAUAUUCAGGCUUUUUCACGAGCCCAUCGUAUUGGACAAGCCAACAAGGUCAUGAUCUAUCGAUUCGUUACUCGUAAUUCAGUCGAAGAAAGAGUAACACAGGUGGCAAAGAAGAAGAUGAUGUUGACUCAUUUGGUCGUCCGCCCUGGAAUGGGAGCCAAGGGAACAUUUUCCAAACAAGAACUUGAUGAUAUCCUUAGGUUUGGUACGGAAGAACUUUUCAAAGAAGAAGAAGGCAAGGAGGAUGAAGCCAUCCAUUAUGACGAUGAAGCCAUCAAUCAGCUAGUUGAUCGCUCAAAUGAGGGCAUAGAGCAAAAAGAGAGUUGGGCCAACGAUUACUUAUCCUCUUUCAAGGUGGCAUCCUACGUCACGAAAGAAGGAGAUGAUGAAGAGGAUCAGGAUACUGAAAUUAUUAAGCAAGAAGCAGAAAAUACCGACCCUGCUUACUGGGAGAAGCUUCUCCGUCAUCACUACGAACAACAACAAGAGGAUCUUGCUAGAUCUCUUGGUAAAGGAAAGCGUGUACGAAAACAGGUUAACUACAAUGACGGUGUUGAGGGACGUGACGAUACUUCUUGGCAAGAAAACGUAUCGGACUACAACUCUGAUUUUUCGGGAGCAUCCGACGAUGAUAAAGAAGAUGAUGACUUUGAUGAUCGGGGAGAUGAGCCUGGCCGUGGUCGCCGCCGCAAAGGCACCGAGCGUCGCGAUGAAAAAGAUCGUCCUUUACCUCCUCUUCUUGCCAGAGUUGGUGGCAACAUGGAGGUCUUGGGGUUCAAUGCUCGACAACGCAAAGCUUUCUUGAAUGCUGUCAUGCGCUACGGAAUGCCUCCUCAAGAUGCUUUCAACACUCAAUGGUUGGUACGUGAUUUGCGGGGCAAGUCUGAACGCAAUUUCAAGGCUUACGUUUCACUCUUCAUGCGUCAUCUUUGUGAGCCUGGUGCUGAUAAUGCCGAAACUUUUGCUGACGGAGUACCACGAGAGGGACUAAACCGACAACACGUUUUGACGCGAAUCGGUGUCAUGUCACUGAUUCGCAAAAAGGUGCAUGAAUUCGAACAUAUUAACGGACUUUACAGUAUGCCUGAAGUUGCGGCUCGGGCUGCUGAGCUGGUCGCUGCCAAGGACAAAGCCAUUGAAGAUAAAGUAACAACUUCUCAGGCUCCAUCGGGCGAAAGCAGUUCUGCUACCCCGGCCGUCUCAGCGCCAUCUACAGCUUGUCCAUCUCCUACUACAACCACGAAUGAAGAAACCAAGAAAAGAGACGGAGAAGACAAAGCAGAGGCAGAUGAUAAAAAGGAGGUCGAUAUUAAGAAAGAAAACGAUGAGAAAUCAAAUCACGUAGACGAAAAGGAAAAGAAAGAGGAGGAAAAAUCUAAAUCAGAACCUUCCGAAACUAUGGAAGUUGAUGAAGAAAAUUCGAAGACCAUCAAAGUGGAAGAUGAAAGCAAAAAGGAGAUCAAGAGCGAGGAAAAGGCCAAAAAAGAGACCAAGGCUGAAGAAAAAAUUGAUUCUUCCGAAGUGGAGGUGGAAAAAAUCGUCUCUGUGAAAGAAGAAAAGUCAGCAGAAGAAAAAGCCAAGGAUAAAGAACUUGCUAAAGAAGAGCGUAGCAAGCGUAAAUUCAUGUUUAACAUAGCAGAUGGAGGCUUCACCGAACUUCACACCUUGUGGCAGAACGAAGAAAAAGCAGCUGUUCCAGGCAGAGAGUACGAAAUUUGGCAUCGGCGCCAUGACUAUUGGCUCUUAGCCGGCAUCGUUACACACGGUUAUGGGAGAUGGCAAGAUAUUCAGAACGACGUUCGUUAUGCCAUUAUCAACGAACCCUUCAAGAUGGACGUCGGUAAAGGCAAUUUCUUGGAAAUAAAAAAUAAGUUUUUGGCCCGACGCUUCAAGCUAUUAGAACAGGCUUUGGUUAUUGAAGAGCAAUUGCGAAGAGCAGCCUACCUCAAUUUGACGCAGGAUUCAACCCAUCCUGCCAUGGCACUUAAUGCUCGCUUCGCCGAAGUGGAAUGCCUGGCCGAAUCCCAUCAACAUCUCUCUAAGGAAAGUCUUGCAGGUAACAAGCCAGCCAACGCGGUAUUGCAUAAGGUUCUGAAUCAAUUGGAAGAGCUUCUCUCGGACAUGAAAUCCGAUGUGUCGCGUCUACCUGCUACUUUGGCUAGAAUUCCACCUGUAGCGCAACGUCUUCAGAUGUCCGAACGAUCAAUUUUGUCUCGUCUCGCUACCUCUGCAAGCCAACAAGCCGCCCAACAGCAAGCACAAGCUGCUUUUGGGAACCACUUUCCACCUGGCUUGACGGGCGGUCAGAUGCCUUUCACUGGGCUAAAUCUGGCCAAUUUCCGGCCACAGUUUACUCUCCCCGGUCAGACUCCGACAUCCAAUUUGGCAAUGACUGCAGCUGCUGCCGCCGCUGCUGCGGCAGCCGCAGCCGGCGUCCCUCAGGCAGCGUUCCCUGGAACUUCUCCUCCUGGCUCUGAUAGCAAAUAGACAUUUCUUCAGAUAGCUUUUUUUUAUAGUAUAACUUGCAUAACACACUUUCUCACUUCACCUCCCCCUCCCCCUUUUUCUUCCAUUUUUCAUUAAGGAGUUAAUUGGCUGCUCAAAACAUUCCUGCCCUCUACCCUGACGACUGUGCUGUCUUUUUCUGCUCGAUACCUCCCUCCCUCCCUCCCAACGUCUUUUGAUUUGAUUCUCGUAAUCGCCGCUUCUUUCACUGUAUUUAUGACUAUAAUUCUCUUCAUUAAAUUUUUUUUCUAAUUUUGCCAUUGUGUCCGGACUCAUUCAAACCAUGUUCUCUGUUUCACAUGAUUGUUCCAUUUGUGUUGGCAAAGCGUUGACUUCCUUGAAUGAUAACCUUCAUAUCUGCGGAUCGUAAGAAUAAAACUAAUAAUGAACCUUCAA